AUGCGCGUGAUUUUGGUGUCGAGCAACGUCCAGGCUUGCUUGUUGCGCUCCACAUCCGUCUGGGCGCGCUAUUUUUCGGAAGCUAGUGAGCUAAGCGUCAAGCCGUCACGAUCGCCGACGGCGCUAGACCUUGUUCCUCGCCGUUCUAAUCUGCCGGAGCCUCCCACAAGCAUCUUAACGGCUAUUCGAAAGUGCAAGGCACAAAAAGCGCGUAAUUUUGAUGAGACCGUCGACCUUGCUGUUCAAUUAGGCGUGGACCCGCGCAAGCCUAACCAAAGUGUGCGGGGUAUUGUGAGCUUACCAAAUGGCACGGGCAAGCAAGUGCGUAUUGCUGUGUUCGCCCGUGGUCCUAAAGCAGAGGAGGCCAAGGCUGCCGGAGCUACUAUCGUGGGUGCAGAAGAUCUUGUAGAGCAGAUUCAGAGCGGAAAGAUGGAAUUCGACCGCUGCAUUGCUACCCCUGAUAUUAUGCCGCUUGUGGGUCGAAUCGCCCGCAUUCUUGGUCCUCGUGGUUUGAUGCCCAAUCCGAAGCUUGGGACGGUUACGCAGGAGAUUGGAGAUGCCAUUGUAGCUGCGCGUGGUGGUCAGGUAGCUUUUCGUGCCGAAAAGAACGGCAUCAUACAUGCUGGCGUGGGCAAAUUGAGCUUUUCGGAGGAAGCUUUGCUGGAGAAUGUGCGCGCAUUCAUGGUCGCACUAAGUGAUGCCAAACCAGAGGGUGCGAAGGGCAAGUAUAUCAAGGCUGCUCACGUGAGCACUACAAUGGGUCCAAGUUAUAGUCUGGACAUCAAGUAUCUCGAUCCGGCCUUAACAUCAUUCAUGCGCUUCGAGUGA